CCAACCUCAUCCUCUCCUCCCGAGAGACCAGCUGAAAAGAAAACCUACCGUGGCGCAUGUCCAAAAGGAAACUGGGAACGAUGUGAUGGUCAGCACGGAGGUGUUGCUCCAAGCUCAGCUUGAGCUCUACCACCACGCCAUGGCGUACGUCAAGUCUGCGGUGCUCAGGGCCGCCGUGGACCUACGCAUCCCCGACGCAAUUCACCGCUGCGGUGGUGCCGCCACCUUGUCCGACAUCGCCACCGAGAUCAGCGUCCAGCCGACAAAGGUUUCCCACCUCCGUAGGCUCAUGUGCGCCCUCACCAUCCUUGGCAUCUUCCUGGCUGGCCAAGGCCACAACGGUGAGGCCACCGACGUGCACUACAAGCUCACCUCGGUCUCGCGCCUCCUCCUAGAGGGCAGCUCGUGCACCCAGUCUCCCAUUGUGUGCGUGCUCGUGGACCCGCUAUCCUUGACCGCUCUUUGCAGCAUAGGGGAGUGGUUUACUGAUGAGAGAGCCUCGGCCCUCACACUCUUCGAGGUGGCGCAUGGGUGCACGCGGGAGGAGAUGACGGUGAAGAAGGGCACACGUGGCAUGUUCAACGUUGGCAUGAUCUCUGAUAGCCGCCUCCUCAUGGAGACCGUCAUCAAGGAUCACCGUAACAUCUUUGAGGGCGUGAGCACCCUCGUUGACGCCGGCGGUGCCCAUGGUGCCACGGCGGAAGCCAUCGCUAAGGCGUUCCCUCACAUCAAGUGCACGGUGCUUGACCUCCCACACGCGAUCGUGGGGGCACCUGCCAUCGGCAAUGUUGAGUUUGUUGCUGGCGAUUUGUUUGAGUAUGUUCCACCAGCAGACGUUGUUCUACUCAAGUGGGUUUUGUGCUUGUGGCAGGAUGAAGAUGCUGUCAAGGUACUACCACGGUGCAAAGAAGCAAUAACCAGUAGAGAUGCCAGAGGGAAGGUGAUAAUCGUUGAUGUCGUGAUAGACUUCGGGAUGUCUCAGGAUGAUGUCCUUCUUAGGGAGACGCGGGUUUUAUUUGAUGUCCAGAUGAUGCGUGUUGACGGGGGUGAGCGAGACGAGCAGCAGUGGAGGAAAAUUUUCCUUGAAGCCGGAUUCAGGGACUAUAAGAUCACUCCAAUGCUAGGAUUUCGAUCCAUCGUUGAGGUCUAACCUUGAAAGCCGGCCCACCCUGAUAGAAACAAAGCAGGAUGUAUGGUUUGGUAUGGUUUGCUACCGAAUAAUGUCUUGCAUUAGCAGACAGUUUAGACAAUAAAGUUUUCCCUAAUAUUUGUCGAUA